ACUGUUGGCAUAACCCAGCUGUUCUCUUACCGAAAGAGAGUCUGCUCAGGAAGGAACAGCAGCAAGACUUGGGACUUGAAAAAGACCAACUUCUGACAAAAAGGCUUUUCACACAAAUAUUCCCAAGGAAGAUGAUUCCAGCGACUUACUCCAGUUUAGCCAAAGAGAGGCGAGACAUGGCAAUAGCACUGUCCAAGGAGGUUGAGGGAGAGCACUUGAACUUGGGAAAGAAGAUCAGUGUUCCUCAGGAUGUCCAGAUGGAAGAGCUGGCUUUGCUUUCUAAUAAAGGCUCCAGGAUGUUUCAUGAGAGACAGAAAAGAGUACAGAGAUUCACUCUAGAAAACACAGGAGAGAGUCGAAUCACUAACGGGAGCAAAACACAGAAGAUGGUCCCCGAAGAAGGAAAGGAAAACUUCCGCACUGAGAUUUUCAUUCAGCAGCCUGGGAAAGGUCACUUUCUGUCAGCUUUGAAAAAUACAGCAGCCACAAAACCUGGGAGUCCUAGUGUAAUUGCACCAGGUUAUGCUGGUCCCCUGAAAGAAAUCCCCCAUGAGAAGUUCAACAUCACUGUCAUCCCAAAAUCAUAUCAUUCACCAUGGCAGAAAGCACGGGGGGAAAAUGACCUCCUUGUUAAUUUAAAUGUUCAACUCCCCGAGGUCCCACAAAUGCCAGGCCCAAGCACCUUUAGGUGUUUCAACAGAGUAGCCAUGCCUUUUGGGGGAACAGCUGGCAGUGAAAGGAUAUUCCCUUUACCUGGAUUUGAGCUCUCCCAGGCGCAGACAGAACCCAACCUUAACUGGGAACGGAUCAACAACCGCCCCAACUUCAACCGCGCCCCUCGAGGCUGGGGGGUAAACUACUCCCCUGAGUCUAGUGAGCUGUGAGAAAGAACAACCAGAGCCUCUCAAGAGCAAGUGGAAACAGUCAAUCAAAAACAUUACAGGGAAAGCACUAUUUGAACCCAGAACUCUGCAGUGCCAAAGUGUCCUUGGCAGUUCAUUUUUGUGCUACAUUAUUAUACUUAUUCUUAAACAUAUACCUUUAUUUUACAAAACUCCUUCACUGAUGGCAAAGAAAAUUCAGAACGUUUUCAGAUCACACUGUUCUGAAAACUGGCUCGAGUCUUCCUUUAGAAUCACUGCUUAAUUUUACUGCUUAAACAUAAGGCAGCUUCACAUUUUUAAAUGCUCAGAUUAGAAAAAAGUUGCCUCUGAUAUUAACUGUAAGGAAAAGAAUUGUGCUUCCUAGCAACUGCAUGAUUCUGGAGAUUAAAUGAUUUUAAAAAAUCAGGAA